GAACAUUCAAUCCCAUUCACCAUGCCAUUCUCUAUUUGGUCCACGCCUGCAUUUCAUGUCUCUCGGUCACGGCGACUUCGAAGGCUUAGCAAGAAAAGAUGAGAGGUUUAGCUCUUCUUCGCUCCUGUGGGUGUAACAUUCCUACCAGCUUCUUUUAACUCCCUCCGAUCGGCCGAUCGAGCUGAGUUGAAUGACAGUCGGAUCGGAUGCCCUCGUGAGAGACAGUUGCCGGCAACAAUCAUGGCGACCGCUGUCACGGACAGCUACCUGAACGAAGAUAUCUCAGGUCGGCUCACGGCCGCGACGACUGUCAUCGUCGUACUCACCACUACUCUUCUAGCCCUACGCAUUUAUGUGCGGAGCCUUGGCCAUGUCUCUAGCGGCUGGGACGAUAUCCUGCUGGCUCCUGCUUGGCUUCUUUGCCUGGGAGCAUGUAUAACAGGUUAUAUGGCUAUCGCACAUGGAGGUUCCGGUCGUCAUGUAGAAGCCGUGAUGAUGGACGACCCUAAGAAGCUUAUCAUACGCGGAAAAUUGCUCUAUUCUCUCAGCUGGCUGACCGCUUUCUCGAACACCUUCUCACGGACCUCAAUCUUGGUCCUGUUCCGGCGGAUAUUCCCGCCGGGCGUCACUCGCAUCGUGACGGACCUCACCAUCGUUUACUUGAUUCUGUUCGUCCUCGCGCAGGCAAUCGUCGGGUUAACGGAAUGCCGCCCGCUGGCAUACUUCUGGGACCGUAGCAUCCCCGGCGGGUGGUGUGUGGAUCAAUUCCUCUUCUACCGAAUGUCUGGCCUGCUGAAUAUCGCUGGAGACGUGGUUAUCCUGAUUCUGCCCAUUCCGACCGUGUGGACUAUUCAUGCGUCCCUGGCCAGAAGAGCUGGGAUUGCCAUGGUGUUUCUGUCGGGCAGCUGUGGCCUCAUUGCGUCGUGUGUCCGAACCUCCUACUUCUUCACAGCCGCCAAAUUGUCUAUGACCGACCCGACCUGGGCGGACAUCAACCUAAUGACCUGGACGACCGUUGAAAGUGGCCUGUAUCUCUCGGCUGCCUGCAUGAUAGGGCUGCGACCCCUGCUCAACCAAGUGGCGGGCUGGAUGACAAGGUCUCGCCUCGGGAUAUUCACAGCCAAAGGCACGAAGGCCCGGUCGCGGCGGAGCGAUCCCGAUGACGGAUCACAAUUGAUCUCAAAUGUGAAGCAAUACCAUAUUAAUUUGGAGACCUUCGAUCGGGACCGGGACACGGACGAGAGAUCAGCCAUAGGGAGCGGGGCGAAGCAGCCGUCUGUUGUGUAGGAGGUGCUCUAGCCGAGCAAGGGUGUGAAGAAUGGAUACCCAGUCACAAAAUCGCUGAACCUCAAUACUAUAAUUCUACUAGAUAGUCUAUGACCACUUUCUAAUGUCACAAACUCAAUAUACAUCUCUGC